ACAGAGAAUCUGUGAAGAAAAGGAGACAGUGUGGAAUGAAGGAAAAGAGGAGGAGAAAGAAGGAGCAGAGCGAGACUGGUUGGGGGUUAAAGAAAAACGACAGGAAACCGACGGAUCCUAACGCAGUUUCUGCAGAGCUUUCAGAGAUAAUGCCACAUUCUAGAGAACCAACAGUCACACCGUGUCUUUUUUGUGUUUGGUCUUCUGUUAAAGUGACAACACUCUAAAGGACUUCAAGUUUAAAAAGUGACGUCACUUCUCCUCUCCUCUUCCAGCAGUGUGGUCAGACAGAAUGUGAGCGGAUGCAGAUUUUUUGGGAGCUGUUUGCUGGGAUUUCUAUGUGGCUGCUUUUUGAUCUACUAACUCAACUUUCUUGAGGUCAUAUGGAUCAUUCGGUGUGCUCUCAAGGAACCUUUUGCUUUAAUCAUCUGGACUACUAACUGGAUCCACAUGAAGAAUAAAGGGACGAAGCAGAAGACCAAGAAGAAAGGAAGUGAAAAUGCGUUCGGCUGUGACCUGAUAGAACAUCUCCAGAAUUCAGGACAAGAUGUUCCUCAGGUCCUGAAGAAAUGUGCAGAAUUUAUUGAGAAGCAUGGGAUUGUGGACGGGAUCUACAGACUGUCGGGGGUUACCUCAAAUAUCCAGCGUCUCAGGCAGGAAUUUUGUUCUGAGGCGUGCCCUGACCUUACAAAGGAAGUGUACCUCCAGGACAUCCACUGUGUGGGUUCCUUAUGUAAGCUGUACUUCAGGGAGCUACCCAAUCCUCUGCUCACAUAUGAGCUUUACAGCAAAUUCACCGAAGUGGUCUCAGUCCAGGACGAUCAUGAGAGACUUUUACACAUUCAGAAGGUCAUCAAAGAACUGCCGACUGCUCACUUCAGGACUCUGGAGUACCUUGCAAAGCACUUGUCUCACCUCGCUACCCUGAGCACCCAAACAAACAUGCAUACACGUAACCUGGCUUUGGUGUGGGCUCCAAAUCUGCUGAGAUCUAAAGACAUUGAGGCUUCAUCUGGUAAUGGAGACAUGGCUUUCCAGGAGGUGCGGAUACAACAGUCGGUGGUUGAGUUUAUUUUAAACCACGCAGAUCAGAUCUUCAGCGGUGAACAAAUUCAAGUCAAAGAAGGACCGGUUUCGAAGUGUGGGGAAAAGUACGCCACGCUCCCCAUCAGUGGCCAGUGUGGGCCAAUGAAGUUGAUGAGUUUGGAAGAAGCUCAGGCUCGCUCCUUAAGUCCAGACCACCCUCUCCAUAAAGAACGCCAGCGAGAGAACAGUUUGCCUGAUACAAGCACGGCCACGCUCUAUCACACCGUCAUAGACAUAUCAGACAACAAGAGAAAGUUUUCUGGGAAAUCGAAGAAGUGGAAGUCUAUCUUUAACAUCGGAAGGUCUUUGGACCCAAAGGGAAAACUUAGCCGGAAUGGCAGCGUGCUCAUAAGAGCACAGGGAAUGACAGAAAAAGCUGCUCUCCGUCCAUCCAGGAGCAUGGAGUCCUUGUACACAGAUGAUGACAGAACAGGAAGCAAUAGUCCAGCUGGUGGACCAGGCAGUAUUUUCAUUCCGGAUGUAAAAUCCAGAACGCUGGGAUCCGACUCGCUCUGUGACAUCAGUGAACAUGAUCAAAACUGGGAGUUUAAAGGGAAGAACACUGGGGGGGCAACGGGUGGCUGGAAUGUCAGCGAGAACCAGAAGGGGUCUGAGCCCCCUCAGAAAAACCUGCCAGAGCAGCUCAAGGUGUUUAAAGGUGACGACCUCGGUGGCUACAAGCCCACCUCCCCAAAAAACAGGAGGAUGUUGUACUCGGCUUCCUCGCACAACAGCUCCUCCCGACCCUCCUUUCCAGGAAGUUUCUUCCCACUGGAGUCUUCGCCGAGGCAUCAGCGCAGAGCCGUCAACAUAUCUGAGCCUUUUGCUGUGUCUGUACCUCUGCGUGUGUCAGCAGUUAUCAGCUCUAACAGCACGCCAUGCAGAGGGCACGGCAAAGAAAAAGCAGCUACUCUGAAACCCUGCAAAGAGACUUCAGAGCAGAGCGGCAACAGUGGAAAGAGCAACACUUUCCCCCAACUGGAACGGAAGAGGCAGGAAAGAGCAGAGAAGAAUAACGUAGAGGAGGUGACGUCCAGGGUAUCGUCACAAGAUAUAAGGAAAGAAAUGGUCCAAGACGGUCAAGGAGAGAGGAAUAUUUCUCAACUGGAACUGCAGUCCCUUGCAAAUGCAAGAGAAGGCAAAGAUGCAGCGCCAUCUUCUGGGAAAGAACUGCACAACCUGCCCACAGAGAAGCAACUGGAUAAGAGAUCUUCUACUGGCAAAGACCUGUGGUCUGACCUAAACCAGGAACUGAAAAUAACUGAACCCGAAUUUGACCUGCUGGAUGAGAAUGUUAAACAAGUUAAUGUCUCAACAAGCACUUGCGUGAACACUAAGUUAACAAUGGAUGUUAAGGCGAAGCGCAGCCGCAGCUCUCCAUCUCUGUCUUUGCUAUGUAGAGAGCAGUCUUCAAAUACCUCUCGGAGUGAUUGUGAAGUCGCCGCAAAGAAGCAGCCUUCAGAAUCAGACAUCUUACUGUCUCUUCACAAAACUGCACCGCCUACUGACACGAUGGAUGAGAAAGAGAAGGAACUGAAUCUUAAAAUCCCACCCUUAAACAAAGAUGACUCAGUUUAUACCAAGCAGAGCCAGCUUUGUCCAAAGGAAGCCAGUUCAGACCAAGUCAUAAAUCAUUUAAGAAUUGAGGAUGUUCUUGUGGUUGCAGAUAAUAUAGACAGGAAAUCUCACAAACACGAAAUUCCUCAGGAGAACCAAAAUGCCUUCAGUGAUGGAGCGAAGAAAGUUGUGAUUCCUGAGUUGGAGAUCCCUCAGAGGCUUCCAGUGUGUUUGGAGGAGAAACGUAACACACUGGAGCUGCCGAACCUCGACGAUGAUGAAGGAGGGACUUCAGAGGAGCUGGACCUGGUGGAGCCCUGGGAGGAUAUUAGCUCCACUAAGCAGUGGGUUACAAGCCCACUCCACUCACCUGAUCUGGAGCACUUAUUUAACCACCUGUCACCCUUCAGCUCACACGGGGAAACUUUGAGCUUAGAGGUGGAGAAGAGCUCAUCUCCUCAAGCUGAUAACAACAAGUUCUUCAGGAGCGCCGAAUGCUCUCCAGGAAACCUUCUUCAGACUACAAACAGCAAACCAGAAACAACGUGGAUGUACGUUCCUUCAGCACCUACACGGUCGAGCUUGAACAGCAAUAGCACAACACAACCUCAAACGGAAAAGUGCAGCACAACAAAAUCGAAGAACACAGCGUCAUCUCAGAGGUUUAAUAGACAAAUGUCGUAUGAGGCAGCAGCUUCAGAGAAAAGAGAGGAGAAAUGCUUUUCUAAACACAGGCCGUGUUCGCUUAACUUGGAUCUGGGACAUAGGUAUAUCAGAGACAUUUCUAAUCAGCAAAACCGUACUUCAUCAGAGUUUUCCUCCUGUCAGAGGGGGCUAAUGGCCUCAUCUGGAGCUGUGAACAACGGGCUGCCCUCAGAGUUGGAGCUGUUUCUGAACGAUCGGCAGGCGCCUCUCCGGCGAAACUCGGCCCCGGUCAGCGUGUCUUCUGUGCGGACAGCCUUCAUGAUAAAAACGUGCCAGGCCAAAGCUGUCCCUGUCAUCCCCCCAAAGGUGCAGUACAGCCAGAUACCUCACUGCAGACCCGAGAAUGAAUUUGACAGGGUGAAGGAACAAGAAAAGGAGAAUCCUAAAGUGAGCACGGAGAAAAGCAAUGCUGCACCUCCUCCGAGCGUGUCAGACCUAAAGGAGGAGCUGGAGAAUAAAGAGCCAGCCCCCAUACUCCAAAAACAGCCAAGUGUUGAGAAAUCUGCCGAGUCUUUGAAGAUCUCAUCCACUCCAGAAUUGCCUGUGAUAACCAGGAGGCACACACCCAGCCUGGAAGUGUUUGUGGAUUGUCCCAGACCCAGCAGAGGGAACCUCUUACAAAGACCGUCCUUUAGGAACAGACAGAGACCUCAAAGUCUUAUCCUGCUCAGCCCUCCGUUUCCCAUCAUGGACUAUCCGACGUCGGGGGAUGACGGCAAGCUCCUUUCACCCAUCAAGAGCCUGAAUGACGCGUCAGCAGCGAAUGUCUUUUCUAAAGAGAUGGCCGAAAAUUUCAGGACAACAGAGGGGAUCGCUCUUCAGAAUAAAAUGACUAUCCCAAAAAGCGGACAGAGACUGGAAACGUCAACCAGCUGCUUCUACCAGCCACAGAGAAGGUCGAUGAUAUUUGACAGCAGGAGCCACAGGCAGAUUGAGUGACUGGAGAUCCACUCAGCGACCAUGUAUGUAAAUAGAUACGAUACAUCAAGAUCCCAAGGAAGAUGAUAUGAUAACCUGUUGUAAAUUGUAUGACUCACACAUUCCUUGAAAGGCGGUUUAAAAACAGGAAGUAAGUGGGAAAGAGGAAAAGGAAGCCACGAUGUGCCUGAGUGCCAUUUAUCCUUGAGUGACAUCUGCAACCAAUGUUUUUUUUAAGUCUCCAUUAGUCUAUUAUUUUGGUCUCUAUUGUGUUAGAGAUUGAUUUGCUGUCAUCUAAUUGUUUUUAGCUCAUUUAGGAAAUUUAUGUAAAAUUCAUUUUAGGAUAACAGACAUUCUGUCUCAUUCCCAAGGCAUGUUAUGAUAUAUAUCCUACCCUGUCAAAGAGAAUCACUGCCAGACUGGAAAGUAUGAAAAGCAUCCUUUUGCUAUUAAAACUGCAACUUGCAAACUGGCUGCCGGGCAGCUUUUGUCAUAGAUGGAAUAGUGAGCUGUGCUAAAUAUUUUCUGAUGAAUGAAAAAUCACUAUUGACCUUUUAAACCGUAAAAAAAAGAAAACAAAAUCUUAACUCAGGGUUGAAAAACUGGUUGUUUAUCCAGAGGCUUGAAGUACCAUUUUAACCAUACACAGCUUCAAAAUCCAAGUUAUACAUGAAAGUAAAAUGUUACCAGCAACACAGACCUCUGAAAAAAAUGUCCCUUUUAAACUUGUAUGGAGUCAUUUGGUGUAGCAGUGUCUAAACCACAUUUUACUACCACAGUUAGAAGUGAAACCCGAGGGGUCUGGAGAUGAUUAACGAAGUAGGAAAGAAAACGAAGGGAAUAUCUGUUGCACUGAUUAGUAGAUGUUUUUGUGCAUAAAAGGGUUAGUAGCUGUAUCUGUCUGAUAUAACAGAAAUGUAGUUCAGUAAAGUAGAAGUAUGGAGAAGUUUAAAGAUAUGAAAUGGAAAUAUUCAAGUCAGGCACACUUAGUUCAAAAUGGUCAGGUUAGGAAGGUUUGGUAUGGAGUAAGUAGGUAAUCCAUCCUCACACGCAUAUUUAAAGAAAUACAUGGACAGCAGAUAAGCACAAUGUGCCAUAGUGAAGACAUAAAUAAUAAACUAGAGGAUCCACACAGCAGCAUGUAGGAUUUUAAAAUAACUAUACUAUGAUUUGCGUACAUGAGUUAUCGCUGCAGGAACAAAGCUGCGUUUUUUUAAAACAAUGCUGUUCUGCACUUUGGGACUCGGAGCCUUUCUCCAGAAGAAAAAAACUGAAACUCACGAUCAAAGCGGUGCCGUAGACGCGGCUCACCCGUCAGCCCGUUAGACCAUUUGAUUCAGUGAGUUUCUGUUCUUUAUAGAUAAAUAUGACACUGAGGAAAAGGGCAAAGCAGCCCCAACAAAGGCAUGAUACAAUAAACUCAAGGUGGCUUUAUCAAUGUGCAAAUAUGACAGAUGAUAGAAUAUGGGUUUGUUUUUUUUACACGCAGCUUUUUACAGUUUAUUAAGAUCAGCUUUAAAUCAAUAAUUAUUCCAAGAAAUGUAUAAAACUGGAGAUAUUCCCUCUUAACCCCUAGUGAAUGGAUAUUUGAUGCAUGAGUUUUGGGGAAUUGUAAGAUUAAAGAAAAAUACAUUGCACAAUACAAAAAAAGCAAAUUAAAACAAA